AUGAAGAAGACGACGCCGUUCGAGUGGAACGACCAGGCGGAUGAGGAUUUCCGGGAUCUCAAGCGCAUGCUCUCCACCGCACCAGUCCUGGCCGCACCGGCCGAGAAGGAGCCACUGUUGCUCUAUAUCGCCGCAACCUCGCGGUCGGUCAGCACGGUGAUGGUGGUCGAGCGACCUGAGGAGGACAAGGUCCAAGUCGCCCAACGUCCCGUCUACUACCUGAGCGAGUGGGCGCUCGAGCUAGCCGGCCACACCAUCUUCUAUGAGCCUCGCACCACGAUCAAGUCCCAGGCUGUGGCCGACUUCCUCGUCGACUGGACUGAGACCCAGUACCUGCCACCACCACCGGACUCGACGCACUGGCGCAUGCACUUCAACGGCUUGAAGAUGCAACUCAGCCUGGGGGCAGGCAUCAUGCUGUCCUCCCCCAAGGGCGACCGGCUCAACUACCGCUUCCUCGUCCAAAAGCUAUCCGGAUUCUUCGCGGGCUGCGAGUUCCUCCAUGUCCCGCGCGCAGAGAAUGAGGUGGCCGACCCGCUCGCCAAGAUCGCCUCAUCCCGACAGUCCAUUCCGUCCGGCGUCUCCCUCGAGCAUCUGCACAAGCCGUCCAUCAAGCUGUCUCCGGACUCCGAGUCCAUCCACGUCCCAGCCGACCUGGCCGCACCCCAAAACGGCCCGGGGACUGCUCCAACCGACCCAGCCGCGCCUCAACCCGGCCCGUGGACUGCUCCAACCGACCCGGCCGCGCCUCAACCCGGCCCGGGGACUGCUCCAGCUGACCCGACCUCACCUCAACCCGGCCCAGGGGCUGCUGAACCCGGCUCGGGGGCUGCCACCCCGGAACCCACCGUAAUGGCUGUCUUCGCCGGGGUCAUGGCACCAUCCUGGGCCCUGCCCAUCUCGGAGUUCCUGGAGAACGGGGUCCUCCCCAUGGACGAGACCGAAGCCCAGCAAGUGCAGCGCCGAGCGUCCACCUACAGCAUCAUCAACAACGAGCUCGUCAAGCGCAGCUCCACAGGCGUUUUUCAGCGCUGCGUCGAGCGGGACAGGGGCAUCGAGAUCCUCCUCGACAUACACCAGGGCGAGUGCGGGCACCACGCCGCUUCGCGUUCCCUGGUGGCCAAAGCUUUCCACCAUGGUUUCUACUGGCCCACGGCCCUCGAAGACGCGGAGUCACUCGUCCUCAAGUGUGAGGGAUGCCAGCGCUUCAGCAAGCGCAACCACCAGCCGGCGUCGGCACUCCGGACCACCCCGAUCGCCUGGCCCUUCGCGGUCUGGGGACUCGACAUGGUGGGGCCCUUCAAGACCGCCCGAGGCGGCAUGACGCAUCUGCUGGUGGCGGUGGGCAAGUUCACCAAGUGGAUCGAAGCAAGGCCGAUCAAGAAGCUGGACGGGCUGACGGCCGUUCGGUUCGUCAAGGACAUCGCGGUGCGCUACGGCAUGCCAAACAGCAUCAUCACGGACAAUGGAACCAACUUCGCCAAGGACGUGCUCUACUGCUCCAUCUCCGGCAUCCGCCUCGACUUGGCUUCCGUCGCACAUCCGCAGUCCAAUGGCCAGGUCGAGCGGGCUAACGGCCUCAUCCUACCCGGCAUCAAACCGCGACUCGUCGAGCCCCUCAUCCGUUCACCCGGCAGUUGGCUCGAUGAGUUGCCGGCCGUCCUCUGGAGUCUCCGCACCACGCCAAACAGAUCGACCGGGUUCACCCCUUUCUUCCUCGUCUACGGAGCAGAAGCCGUCAUCCCGACCGAUGUCGAGUUCGACUCAUCGCGCGUCACGAUGUACACGGAAGCCGAAGCAAAGGAAGCCCGCGAAGACGGCAUCGACCUGCUCGAAGAAGCACGUCUCCUAGCGCUCAGUCGCUCAGCCAUCUACCAGCAAGGCCCAAGGCCAGAGUUCAUUACAACCAGUUAA